GUUUUAUCCUUUAUCUCUUGAUCUUUGAGUGUCUUUCUUUAACUAAUAAUUUCAUUUAAGUAUUUCUCUGGUAAUGGAUCAGAGAUCCUGUGAUGUGAUUAUAGAGAGCUCUCACUCUGUCUCCAAUUUAUUUCCCUUCUUUUUCUUUCCCUGUUCCACUCAGACACACAGUGAUGAUGUCAGAUUAUUUGCAGCUAGCUGAUUGGUCUUCUGCUGUCAUCACAUCUCUGUACGAAACGGUCAGGAUCACAUUUCAUAUUCGUUCUACUUCAUACGAUGUAGUUCUACAAAUAUAACUUCUGUUCUGUUACGAGCUGUCGAUUUGUCUCAAUGGUGAGGGAGAGACAAUGAGGGAAGGACCCAAAGGCAGACAGUCAGACAGGUAUGGGCACAGGUAGGCAGGUAUGCAGGUAUGGGCACAGGUAGACAGGUGUUGGUAGAGGUAGAGAAGUGUGGGCACAGGUAUGCAGGUGUGGGCACAGGGAGACAGGUAUGGGUACAGGUAGACAGGUAUGAGAACUGCCAUAUUAAUUCUGCACUCAUACUUCUUCUUCUGUUCUUAAUGAAUAUAAAUAAAUGUUUUGUUUUUCACAGGUUAGUCCCGCCCCUUCACACACCUUCCUCCAAUCACCAAACAUGUCCCAUGAUGCCGAGCGGCUGGCUGCUGCCAGUCACCACUUCAUCAAUUCCUCCCAUUGGUUGGACGACUCCAGCUGUCAAUCACUGCCCCCCACCAGCUUCCUCCCAUCAACACCUGGAUGGAACAGUUACUAUGGCAACUUUUACCCCUCCCCGUUACCUGACGGUCUGUCAUGGGGACGGGCCAGUGAAUCAGAGCAGCGUGAGUGUGCGAGCUGUGGGACAAGCAGCGCUGCCCUGUGGAGGAGAGACACUGCAGGUCAUCACCUAUGUAACACCUGCUGCCUCCAGCAGGAAACCACCAACAGACCACUGCUGAGGCCAAAGAGAAGACCUGUUGUGACUCAGAGAAAAGGAACUCAGUGUGUGAACUGUUUGACUGGAACUACGACGCUGUGGAGGAGAAACUGUGCAGGAGAACCAGUCUGCAACGCCUGUGGCCUCUACUACAAACUACACCAGGUCAACAGGCCGCUGGCGAUGAAGAAAGACGGAAUCCAAACCAGAAACCGUAAAGUGACCAAUAAGAACAAGAGAAGCAGGAAAUCUGACCAAUCAGAGACUAAGCUGUCUAUGCUGGUCCCGCCCACCGAGGAGGCCAUCAUGGUUCACACAGCUGCCCUGUGACCUCCUCCUCUUCUUCCUCCUCCUCCUCCUUCUCCUCUUGGCUGAAUGUGGACAUUUAAAACUAAUUUGUAGUUCUUUCAUGUUUUAUUUCUGCAGAUGUUGAUGAUGUUAUUUGUUAAUGAACUGAUUGUUUAGUUAAAAUAAAUGUUUUCACUGUUUGUCAGCAGCUGCUGUCAGUUUAUCAGACAGUUUGUAUUAAUCAUGUAUUCAGUCUGCUGAACUCCU